UUCCCUCUCGUCAAUCCGUCGUCUCUCUCAUCAGGUCAGCUGGCCACUAGAGAAGUAAGAGCGGCAGUAAAUGCGCGCUCAUCCCCUAUCCACCCCUACGGCCCUACUACCCUCUUGGCCUCUUGCUUCCCUUGUCUUUCUCCGUCUUCUUCCUCCCCAGUCCCCACAGGCUCAUUAGUCUCUGCACCACCUACCGCACGAAAGGAGAAAUUAUAAGGAACAAGAAAGUCACAAAUACAACCGGAGCAUAAAGUUUGUGGAUCAGGUGAACCUUCUUCCUCCUCCUCCUUUUCGCUUGUUUUGUGUUGGUUGAAUUUCGAGCGAGUUCAUCCCGCACGUCGCGUUCACAUCUCCGUUUGUGACUCGUAAGCGUAAAGUCCACCACCACUCUGUCUCUCUGCUGGGGACUUCAAGGGCAUAAUGACAAACUCCUCCAAGUUCUUCCAAUUAGACGGCAGACGUCGCCUUUUCGUUACGGUCCAUUCAUUCAUCGUAACGUCGCAUGCAUAUUACGACUGAUUUUUUUUCCCUUUUUUUUUUCCUUCUAAAUAAAUAUUUGGCUCGCUAGUUCAAUCCGCUGCUGCUUCUUCUUCUUAGUAGUAUCCGUUAAAAACAGGGGAGGGGAGGGGAGGAGCAGCAUAUGCGGGACUCUCUUCUCCGCCAGGAGAUUUAGCCUCUAGAUAAGUUGGUUUUUCUUUCUGUUCUCCGCCGCCGCCGCCGCCGCCGCCGUGCCUUGAUCCAAUCGGAAUCGGUUUAUUAGAAGUGGUUGGGGAUAUGGGAAUUCAGUCCUCCGUGGCGACCGUGCUGUGGGUGUGGUCGGCCCUUGCGUGGCAGCGCUUGUGCAGCGGUAGCUAUCAGCGCUACAACAUCUCGCCGGGGUUUCAAGGUUCCCAGAUGGACUGGAUCGACAACGGCGGCAUAUUCCUGCUAUCCAACAGCUCCAAUUUCGGCUUCGGCUUCGUGACCAACAGCCCCGCGGACACCACCGCCUUCCUUCUGGCGGUGAUCCACCAGAGCAGCACCACCAUCGUCUGGACGGCCAACAGGGACUCGCCCGUCGCCCACUCCGACGACUUCGUGUUCGACACGGACGGCAAUGCCUACCUCAGAUCCAGUGGCGCCGCCGUCUGGUCCACCAACACGUCCGGCCAGGGAGCCACUGGCAUGCUGCUCCAGGACUCAGGCAACCUGGUCGUGCUUGGCUCCGCCGGCCCCCUCUGGCAGAGCUUCAGCCAUCCUACCGACACCCUCCUCUCCGGGCAGACCUUCGUUGAGGGGAUGGUGCUGGUCAGCAAGCCCAACGCCCAGAACUUGUCCUAUCAUCUUGGCAUCGUCUCAGGUUCUUCAGGCGGCAGCGACUUGAUGCUCUACGUGGACUUCCGACCCCCGCAGCCUUACUGGUCCAUGCAGCAGGAGAAUAGGAAAAUUGACAAUAAAAUCGGCGGCGACCUGCAUUCCGCGGCACUUGUCUCCAAUUCGUGGAACUUCUACGACCAGAAAGGGUCCCUGCUCUGGCAAUUCGUCAUCGGAGUAGGAGGAGGUGGUGAGAGUGAUGCCAAUGUCACAUGGGCUGGUGUGCUGGGCAAUGACGGAUUUAUUUCCUUCUACAGCCUUCAGAGCGGAGGCCCAAGCAUUCCUUCGUCGAUCAAGAUACCACGGGAUUCUUGCGAUACACCAGAGCCCUGCUCUCCUUAUUAUAUAUGUUACAGCGGCACCCGCUGCCAGUGCCCCGCAGUCCUGAGCUCAGAUCCAAAUUGCAAUCCCAAUAUUGUAUCCCCUUGUAGCUCAAACACAGCAUACACAUUGGCCAGCGUUGAUGAUGGAGUUGGUUAUUUUGCCACUAAUUUUAUCUCGCCCAGUUUCAAGGUGAAUCUAACUGGAUGCAAAGAAGCAUGCAUGGGCAACUGCUCCUGCCUUGCCUUGUUCUUCGAUGACAGCUCCAGAAACUGUUUUCUGUUUGAUCAGAUUGGGAGCUUCCGGCAGCAAUCGGCCAGUAAUAAAAGCACAUACUUGUCUUAUAUCAAGAUAGCGAGCAAUGGGAGUGGAGGUCUCAGCCCUGUGCAGGAUGGAAACGGAAGCAGUGGUGGAAAGCACUUUGUUAUCAUCAUAAUCAUCUGCCUAGUAACUGCAUCAGUUAUAGCAGCUCUCAUCUAUUUUGCUAUCCGAAUUCAUCGGAGAAAGAGGCUACCUGCGGAACCAUCACAAGGUUCCUCAGAAGAAGACAAUUUCUUGGAAAGUAUAUCUGGAAUGCCCAUCCGAUUCAGUUACAGAGAGCUACAAACAGCCACCGACAACUUCUCUGUUAAGCUCGGUCAGGGAGGGUUUGGCUCGGUCUAUCUGGGGAAGCUUCCAGAUGGUACGCAAGUUGCUGUGAAGAAGUUGGAGGGAAUAGGACAGGGGAAGAAAGAGUUCCGUGCCGAAGUGUCUAUCAUUGGAAGCAUCCACCAUAUCCAUCUGGUCAAGCUCCGUGGUUUCUGCGCUGAGGGAACACACAGGCUUCUUGCAUAUGAGUAUAUGGCGAAAGGGUCACUAGAUAGAUGGAUAUUUCAAAACAAUAAUGGCCACGGCCAACUGGACUGGGAUCAGAGGUUUAGUAUUGCUGUGGGAACAGCUAAGGGGUUGGCCUACUUACACGAGGACUGCGAUUCAAAGAUUGUUCACUGUGACAUCAAACCUGAAAAUGUGCUCCUAGACGAUAACUUUCUUUCAAAGGUAUCAGACUUUGGACUCGCUAAGCUGAUGACUAGAGAGCAGAGUCAUGUAUUUACAACACUCAGAGGCACUAGGGGUUACCUUGCACCUGAAUGGAUCACAAGCUAUGCCAUUUCAGAGAAGAGCGAUGUGUACAGCUUUGGUAUGGUCUUGCUUGAGAUAAUUGGGGGAAGGAAAAAUUUCGAUCCUUCGGAGAGUUCUGAGAAAGCCCACUUUCCUUCAUAUGCCUUCAAGAAGCUGGAGGAGGGGAGGCUGAAAGAAAUAUUUGAUGACAGGCUGAAGUAUGAUGACAAGGAUGGGAGAGUGGAGGCCACAAUUAAGGUUGCAUUGUGGUGCAUUCAGGAGGAUUUGUCCUUGAGACCUAGCAUGACGAAAGUAGUCCAAAUGCUUGAAGGCCUGUCAGAUGUGCCCCAACCUCCAAUGUCUUCCCAAGUGGGAUUCCGGCUGUAUGCUAACGUGUUCAAGUCUACGAGUACUGAAGAGGGUACUUCAUCGGGACCGUCGGACUGCAACAGUGAUGCAUUUCUUUCAGCUGUACGAUUAUCAGGACCGAGGAUUGCUCAGGAGAGAACUGAAACUUAACGAGCCAGGACUUAUGUCCUAAAUCUCUGCCAAACUGCAUCCCUGAGUAUUUAAGCCACCCACGUCGACCACACAAAUUAUCAGUCUUCUUGGGCAAUUGGAUUCCUUGUUUAACGCAGUGUACCAUGUUUCCUUCAACCAAUCCGAUCAGAGUGAGAAAUACUAGUUUUAAGGGUUUGAAGAAGCGGUGCUUCUGUUGGUGGAAUUGAUUGUGUUGUGGCGGAGCCCACCAUAAUUCUGGAGGCUGCACCGUCCAACUAUGAACUAUAUAGAUCCCUAAAUCACACGCACGUUUCGUGGACAGUGUAUUUAAUGUGGAUUUAAAGGCAUAUGGCAGUAACAGGUAACUUGAUGGGUUUUCUGAUUCAUAGAUC